AUGAGUGAAGAGUCACCAGUCUCCCCCAGUUGGGUGGGCCAGGACCCAACCACAUGGGCCAGUGGAGGUGGGGGCCCACUGGAUAACAGCACAGAUCUGGGCAUAUUCCCUCAGGAGGACAUCUACCCCCCCAGCCAGCUGCCUCUGCUGGUCAACCCCUGGGACAUUGUGCUUUGCUCCUCUGGGACCCUGAUUGCCUGUGAAAAUGCGUUGGUGGUUCUGGUCAUAUGGCAAAAUCCGGCACUGCGGGCCCCCAUGUUCCUGCUUAUUGGCAGCCUAGCACUGGCUGACCUUUUAGCUGGCCUGGGACUGGUGCUUCACUUUACAUGUGCCUACUUGCUCCGCUCUGACUCAGCCCAGCUACUAACUGUGGGGCUGGUGGUGGCCUCCUUCUCAGCAUCUGUUUUCAGCCUGUUGGCCAUUACUAUUGACCGCUACCUGUCCCUGUACUAUGCCCUGACCUACAAUUCUGAGCGGACUGCCGCGUUUACCUACACCAUGCUGGUGCUGCUCUGGGGCCUGUCCCUGUGUCUGGGGCUGCUGCCGGUCACAGGGGUCAACUGUCUGGCAGAGGAGGCCUCCUGCAGCGUGGUGCGCCCACUCACCAAGAACAACAUUGCUGUGCUGUCUGUGUCUUUUCUGCUGCUGUUUGGCCUUAUGCUCCAGCUCUACGUCCAGAUUUGUAAAAUAGUGAUGCGCCACGCUCACCAGAUUGCUCUCCAACAUCACUUCCUCGCUGCCACGCCUCACUACGUCACCACACGAAAGGGUGUGUCCACACUAGCCAUCAUCCUGGGAACCUUUGCUGCUUGUUGGAUGCCAUUCACUGUCUACUCUCUGAUUGCAGACUACACCUACCCUCCUCUUUACACUUAUGCGACGCUGGUGCCUGCCACAUACAACUCUGUCAUCAACCCCGUCAUCUAUGCUUUCAGGAACCAGGAGAUCCAGAAAGCCCUGUGGCUGGUGUGCUGCGGAUGUGUGCCCAGCAGUGUUGCCCACAGAGCAAGGACCCCUAGUGACGUGUGA